UUGAGGGUAAAAAUCUCUCAAGGUUCAUGAGAAACCCACCACCAAGAGAACAGAAGGAAAGGAGAGGACUUGGUUUUGUUUACUCCAAGCACUUGCAUGUGAGCACCAAUAAUUUCUCAUGCAACUGUGGGUCCUUGAGCCAACUCUCCCUCUUUUGUUCUCUUCCCAAUACUCCCCAUCUCUCCCCAGAAUCUCUCUCUCUCUCUCUCUCUCUCUCUGUGCAAUUCAUCUUUUUCUUUGUUCAACAAUGGAGGAAUCAACCUUUUCUCUGCUGCCAUUGAUGCUCUUUCUUCUUCUAAUUCAACUCACAGCUGGUAAUGGAGAGGAGGAAACAGUCCUCCGUUUGCACAGGUUCCAAUGGAGAAGCCCCGUUAUUACAAGUUGCUCCUCUCAGAAAUCAAGGAAAGAGAAUGGUGCCACAAUAUUGGAGAUGAAGCACAGGGGCUACUGCUCAACAGAGGACUGGAUUGAAAGGCUUCAGAGACAGUUAAAUUCUGAUGAUAUUAGGGUUAAAUCCAUCCAAUCCCGGAUGAAAAACACUGCUGCUCCAGGCCAAACACAAGGCCUUUUGCAGACCCAAAUCCCUCUAACUUCAGGGAUUAAUCUCCAAACGCUGAACUACAUAGUCACAGCUGAACUGGGUGGCCUGAACAUGACUCUGAUUGUUGACACAGGCAGUGAUCUCACUUGGGUCCAAUGCCAGCCCUGCAACUCAUGCUACAACCAAAUGGACCCCCUUUUCAACCCUUCCAAAUCCCCUUCUUUCCACCCCAUCUUCUGCAAUUCGCCGGCGUGCCGGUCCCUGCAACUGGCAGGCAAUUCAGUGGCCUGUGGCAACAACCCAUCUUCAUCCUGCAGCUACCUUGUCAGCUACGGCGAUGGCUCGUUCACCAGCGGCGACCUAGCCGGUGAAACCUUCCAUCUUGGGGCUAGCCCAGUUGACAAUUUUGUGUUUGGCUGUGGAAGAAACAAUAAAGGCCUGUUUGGCGGAGCUUCAGGCCUUAUGGGGCUUGGAAGGGGUGAUCUUUCAUUGAUUUCCCAAACUUCCAGCCUUUUUGGAGGGGUUUUUUCAUACUGUUUGCCUUCAGCUGACCAUGCCGAGUCCUCUGGCUCAUUGAUCUUUGGCAAUGAUUCUUCAGUUUACAAGAAUUCCACUCCCUUUUCCUUCACAAAAGUGGUUGAAAAUCCACAGCUCUCCACAUUCUAUCUCCUCAACCUCACCGGGAUUAGUAUCGGUGGAGUGGCUUUACAAGCUCCAGGCUUUAACAAUGGUGGAAUUCUGAUUGAUUCAGGGACCGUGAUCACAAGGCUGGCCCCACCUGUCUACAGGGCUCUGAAAGCAGAGUUCCUGAAACAAUUCUCUGGCUUCCCUCCGGCGCCGGAGUAUUCCAUAUUGGACACAUGCUUCAACCUCUCCGCCUACCAAGAAGUGUCCAUUCCCACCAUAAGAAUGCAGUUUGAGGGCAAUGCCGAGCUGAAUGUGGAUGUCACCGGCAUCUUCUACUUUGUCAAGGCGGAUGCCUCUCAGGUCUGCUUGGCCGUCGCCGGACUCGACUACGACGACGACAUUCCGAUCAUAGGAAAUUACCAGCAGAGGAACACCAGGGUUGUUUAUGAUAACAAUGGGUCCAAGGUGGGAUUCGCUAGAGAAACUUGCAGCUUCACGUGAAAGAGAACGUUAACUAGCAGCUACCAAAUAGCAUAUAUGUGUUCCAUUGUGAAUCUUUAUCGGAUAUUUGUUAAUUUCAUCCCUUGAAGCCAAUUAAGCUGUUGGCAGCAGAUGCAAGAUGUAACUCAAUUGGCCUGCCCAAAAUCAUAUAUAGAUAUCUGUUUUAUCUUCCCAG